GCACCUGUUCCACGUGCCCCUAUAAUAAAGAGGUCUCACAGCAUUUCGGCAGUUCUGCUUUUGGAGUUUUCACAUCUACACGUCAAACCGAUUCCUCGCCUUUUUAAACAACAGGUUUUAUACAAGAUGUUGACGUUCUCUAGUAUCGGUAUUGCUCUUCUGGGACUUGUCUUCACUGUAGACGGACAAACAGUGGCACCGGAUCCCCGGUGUGAUGCGUUCCGGGAUGGCAUAGGAAACAUCAUGGUCGAAGGCAUGGAUUGCAGAUACUACCUCUCGUGCUGGAACUUCAUCAUCGCUUACGAACCCAUGCACUGUGCUGGCGGGACGAUCUUCAACCCAGACACUGGCAUGUGUGAUGCGGAGGAAUGCAACGAAGGAAACACUCGAUCUCAAUACGCGUGUCAAGAGGGUGCUCUACCGGGUGACUGUUCCCGCUACAACUUGUGUUUCAACACUCCCAAUGUCACCUUCCAAUGUGGCGAGCAAACCUACUACCACAACGAAAUGCUCGUGUGCGUAAAUCCCAGCGAAUACCCGGACUUGCCAGAAGAACAGGGAUGUGCCUACAACCCCUAGUCACAGCAUCCACAACAACUGCAGCAUCUACAUCUACCACAACUGCAGCAUCUACAUCUUCAACAACUGCAGCACUUUUUGCUUAUGACAAAUGUUUCUGAGGACAGUCCUUUAAGAUGGGGUGGACAAAGAAUUGUAAUUUGUUUUUAGACAAAGAGCAAUACAGUUUUCAUAACACCAUAACAUUAUCUUACAUUUGAACAAUAAAAUUAAAAGAAAUA